GAAUGUGUUCAAAUCGCCAAUGCGUAUCCUUUUUAUCGCUUAUUAAAACUUUUUUUUCUUUUAAAAUACUUUUGGAAAUUAGUCUUAUUUAAUCAUAUCGUAGAUUUAGUAAUGUACAUUCUGGCUUUUGGCCAAAGACGCAAUAUUUACCUUGACUCAUUUGACAACAGCAGACCGUUUGAUUAUCGGCCAUUUGUUAUUAAUUGGUGUUUGAACGUUCGCGUCUUGGACGGAAAGAGUGUGAGCGAGAAGGAAAGCUUACUAGCCGAAUGGUUAUAUAGUCAGGGUAAAGGUCGCUACUUCCGUUGUGGUCAACAAGAACAACUUGUUCACUAUCUGACCACUGCUUGUCCAAUAUCUCCGAGAGCUUCGAUCGAAGAUCAAGUUCGACUUUCUAGGGUAUUAUUACAGCAAAGACGACAUCAGAGAGAGUUGGAAGAGCCCGGAUCUGAUCUUACUAGACAAGAAGAGGUUGGAGAAGAAGAAGACGCACAAUCAAGUAAUCUAGUCUUAGAACCCCCCGAUCCGCAAGUAAGCUCCGUUCAAGCGCCACCUUGGGCAAGAGUCCCUGCCUGCCGCCCAGCCUUGAACGAAAAUACUCAUAGACUGUCAGACGAUAUGAAAUUGCAAGACGUUAGUGGAGACGAGGCGGUUUCAAGUAAUUCUACGAAAUUAUUGGAAGGGGAGUCACGGUACAUUCCACUGAGUACUGAUUUGGAAUGCUCACCUCUAAAACCAUUAAAUUUGGAGUCGCUAAUGCUAUCGUCUACUGGGUCUGACAACACGGCAAGACAUAUAGAUUUAGAGAAAUCAGUUGAAGAAGAAUCUUCAAACUUAAAAAAGAAAAUUUUUGCUAAAAUGGCUGGUGAUAUUCAAGUAAAUGUUGUUCAUGGUGUCACUACCAGGACAGGAACUAGCAGAUCAAGAUCUGAGAGUAGUUCUGCUUCAACUCCGUCCACAACACCGACAAAUAGUCCACAAAGACAUACUAGACGGAAAAGAAGAUCUAGAGAAACGGACGAACUUCGUAAAAAGGCAGCCACAAAGAUUCAAUCGGCGUUCAGAGGAUAUUUAACAAGGCACAAAAACCCAUUUGCUUUAGAAAUACGUCAAGAGAUUCGAGCUAGGCGAUCCGAAUCUCAUAUAAGAGCGUUAAACCAAAGUCACCAAGCAAACCAGGAGACAAAAAUACAAUUGCAGAAGUUAGCCAAGGAUGUGAACGAAUUAAAGCAUUGGAAAGCAAAAGUAGCCCAGAGUAUUGACGCUACAACUCUAGCCGAUACUUUAGACUCCGUAGCUGGUUCUGACUCUCAGGCCUCUAGUGUAUUGACUUGUCGAUUAGACGAAAUGGCAAAACAAAUGGAAAAUAUGAGGCAAGAAAUGGACAGGCUAAGGAGUAUUGUUAAAAAGCAAGAUCCAAAUGAAAAUGAAGAACCAACACAAGUAACGUCAGUUAGGACUAGUGUUUGUUUAUCUCUAGACAUAGCCAGUCUACCGCCUGAACCGUCCAACCCUACAAAUUUGAAGGUGCUAGCUGAGAGUGCUACUACAGCAACCAUCUCAUGGGAUGGAGUAUCAAUCAGUGGUGAUGAAUUUUUCGGUUACAGAAUCUAUAUUAAUGACAAAAUUCUCUUUGCUAAAGUACCAGAAGCCGAAAUAACCUGCCUCGAACCGCAAGUUACUUACAGAGUCUGCGUAAGAGCAUUAACAGCUUGCGGUGAAUCGGCUCCCUCCAAUUUUGUUUUCAUUCAUAAGAGGGAAGAUAAACCAAAACGACAACGAUCACUAUCUGAAAAGGAUACAAGCGGCAAUUCAGGCGGAUCAAAUCGACCCGGUAAUAGGACUAUUCCAUUAGUAAAUUCGGGACGCUUAUCAGAAGGUUCUAAACCUUCUGAAGGCCAACAACAUUCGAUUGGUAAUAUAGAAAAGAUACAGUCGAGUGAAAAAACAGUAAAGGAGGAUAGUGGAAUUUUUACUAUGCCAGUAGAAUCUUCAAAGAGGCGUCAAAUGCCUACUGAACCAAAUGUUCCUCCCGCUAAAGCAAAAUUACCUGUGGCCAUAAAUAUAACUGGAAGAAGUUCUCGAUCAUCAAAUAGUAAUGUUCCCUUUAAAACUUAUGAGAAACCAGAUGGCGGCUCUUCAUUGUCUGUUCCAGGAAUGGCCAAUAAUCAAUCAAGCCCAAUUCAGCAAUUACAUGCUUUAAGUCAGCAAAUGGAAAAAAAGAAAAUUGUCAGUAAUGUUUCACCUAAACCUUCUGAAGCGGGUCCGAAGGGUUCUAAGAGUAGGCGGGGCGAUGAUUCGCCGUCAAGAAAACCUAUUUCCAGUAAAGACGAUUGGAAGAAAGCUAAAAAACCAGAUCUUGGUGAAACUUAUACAAUAGAUCAAUCUAUAGAAUCGAAAACCGGCAAGAAACGUCCAACAUCUGCUCGACCUACAAAUGAUGCCCAGGCUCCUACACCACCGUCCAACUCACCACCUAAAGUCAGAUCCAGAUCGGUUAGCGUCGAAUCGAAGUUGUCAAAAGAAGGAAGAAGUUCUAGCUUAGAUAGAAAUUCGAACGAAAGGCGUUCGAUGAAGGACAGAUCUCGGUCAAAAUCAAGGUCAAAUAGUGUAUCACGUAUUGUUAAUUCAGGUAAAUGGAAAAGCGAAAUUAUGCAAGAGGUCGAGAAAAGGAUAAAUAAGAAGUCAAAUUGUGCUGAAUAUGAUCCAGAGCGUAAACUACCACCGUCUGCACCAAAAGAGGAGAAUAGUCCGGAAGUAUCUUGCCCCCUAAAGAGAACCGGAAGCUUGAAUGAAAGUCUUCUUAGGAAACUCCGAAGAAGAGUUGAAGAAACUGCUCAAAUGCCAACCAAUUAUUAUCCUCUUAUUGUCGAAAACAAAAAGACACUGACAAGCAGAAGUAUGGCUGUUACACAAAAUAAGCUGCGACUUAGCGCUGUAGGUCUUAAAGUUUGGUCGAGCAUCAAUAAAACAAUGUCACCGAACUAAGAAAAGAAAUCAAAGACCAUUUUCUUCCUUUAAUAUCUGUAUUGUUUAAUUGUUUUUUUUUGUUUGCUUUUUUGCCUAUUUCCGGUACAAUUAUUCAAUAUAUGUACAUAUUUAAAUAUAACCCAAAAAAAAUUGCAUUACUGAUGUACGCUGGAAUACAAAAAA